AUGACUACCCUUCGUUUUAUCAUUUUCACAUUAUUCGUUUAUGGAGUAACAGCCGAUAAUACUACUGACGGGCCGUACAUUCUGGCUCUUUCUGAUGAGCAACCCCAUCAAAGAUUGCAAUUCUACAACUGGGACCACAAGGAUUUGGGAACCAACGCUUUCGAAGAUCUUCCACCAUUGGCUGAACAACCAACACCACUUCCUAUCAAUCAAACCGAGAAGUGCCCUGAUGGAUGGGUGAGGUUCUCGGAUUCGUGUUAUUUCUACGAAACUGAACUUCUUGGAUUCGCCAAAGCUGAAAGAAAAUGUUACGAUAAGCAAGCGACUCUAUUUGUUGCCAAUUCGUUCGAAGAGUGGGACCUUGUACGUUCACGCACGGAGAAGUCCCAUUUCUCCUGGAUCGGACUCGUGAGAUUCAGUCACUUCGAACGAUCGGAGCAGCUUCCAAGAUGGCAGACCACUGGAUCGAUCAAUCCAUCAAAACUUAACUGGCUCAUCAAGCCGUUCAAUCCAAUCGUCAAUGGAUGGUCAUCAAUCGCCAAUUGUGCUGCCACCUAUCAAUCUCCAUCCCCUGUAGAAUCCACUUCAUACACCUACUUCUACCCGUGUACCCUCCUAUUGAACUCGAUUUGUGAACGCAACUCGACUAUCGUCAAUGCCAGAAACUGA